AUGAAGUUCCUUCUUUCAUUAUUUGCUGUAACAACUUUAGCAAUUGCUGCCCCAGUCAAUGUUACUUUCCCCGCCACACACAAUGGCACUAUUCCUUUUCCACCACAUGAUAAUUCAACAAGACCGUCUGGUCAAGGAAAUAUGCCCCCACCUCCACCACCAAGAAGUGGACGGUCCAGCAACAGUUCUGCAGAAAUAGAAGACCAUCAUUUUUUCCAUGGUAACCAUUCUGAAGGACCUCAUCGUGGACCGUUCCGACCAAACGAAGAUGGCCAUCAGGGACCACCAAGACCAAACGUAACAGAGUCUGGCAUUGAGAGAGAAGUGUCCCGGAACGCACGCUCAAAACGCCAAGCUGCAGCUCAAAAUCAGGGAAGCAACCAAGGCUUUUUUGGGGGCUACGGUCGUGGAAUAUUCGAUGGACAAAACCAAACCGAAGGCCGCGGACUGUUUGGUGGACAAAACCAAACAGAAAUCCGUGGACCAUUCGGAUUACACAACCAGACCAAUGGACAAGGACCGUUCGGAGAUCGCAAUCAAAACAACCAGGGACCACUUGGCGGGCCGCCUAGACAAAAUGGAACAAGCAGUCAGAAAUCAUUUGAGAAGCGUGAAACUGUAGAGCAGAACCAAGGUGGACGACAAUGGCAGAACCAAGGUGGUCCACAAGGAGAAAACCAAAGAAACAACCAGGGAUCCCAAGGAAACAACCAAGUUGGACCACAAGGACAAAAUCAAGAAAACAACCAGGGUUCCCAAGGAAACAACCAAGUUGGUCCACAAGAACAGAAUCAAGGAAACAACCAGGGAACACUUGGACAGAAUCAAGGAAACAGCCAGGGAUCACAAGGAAACAACCAAGGUGGCCCACAAAAAAACAUCCAAGGUGGACCACAGGGGCAGAACCAAGGAAACACGCAAGGAGCAUUCGGAGGACAAGGCUUAGGAUCUCAACAAGGAAUGUCACGUUCAAAGCGCCAAAUGGGCCAAAAUCAGGAGAACAAUCAAGGUUCUUUCGGUGGUCAGAAUCAGGGACCAUUUGGAGGAAGCCAGGGGUCGUUUGGAGGACAAAACCAAGGUAACAACCAAGGAUCUUUCGGAGGACAGAACCAAGGAAACAACCAGGGUCCAAGAUUUGGACAAAAUCAAACGGAUAGCCAAGGAUCAUUUGGAGGAAGCCAAGGAUCUUUCGGAGGACAGAUCCAAGGAAACAACCAGGGUACAAGAUUUGGACAAAAUCAAACAGAUAGCCAAGGAUCAUUUGGAGGAAGCCAAGGAUCGUUCGGAGGACAGAAUCAAGGUAACAAGCAAGGAUCUUCCGGAGGACAGAAUCAAGGAAAUAACCAAGGAUCUUUUGGAGGAAACCAAGGACCCUUAGGAGGACCAAACGGAGAUAAUCAACAAAAUGGUCAGAAGUCUGUUGAAAAACGUCAAAGCUCAGAACAAAACCAAGGCAAGCCACCAGGCCAACCUCAAAACGGACCACAAGGUAACAAUCAAGGAGGACGACAAGAACAAACUCAGGUGGGACCACAAGGACAACAUCAGGGGAACAAUCAAGGACCUGAUGGACAAAACCGAGGCAAUACUCAGGGCUCCACUGGGCAGACACAAGAAAACAAUAUGGGACCUCCAGGACAGAACAAUCAAAUCGGAUCAAACCAAGUUAGGCAACAAUCACGGAACAAACGUCAAAGCGGUAAUGCUGAAGUUAUAUUGUCAAAAGAAUCGGAAGAAGAUGAUUCCAUGGAGAAUUCUGAGAACAGUGAUGAGACCAGAGAAGACCCAGAUCCAAGAGUUCCAAGAGUUCAAUUAUUCUAA